AUGGCUGCAUGCAAUGUUGAAGGUUCAUUUCAGAAACAGUUCACGAGAAUAUAUGAUUAUGCUCAUGAAUUAUUGAAAUCUAAUCCUGGAUCAACAGUGAUAAUAAAGGCUGACAGUGAAAGUGGUGAGACCAUUUUUCAGAGGUUCUAUGUUUGCUUAAAAGCUUGCAAGAAUAGUUUUGCCUCUUGUAGGCCAUUUAUUGGUUUGGAUGGAUGUUUUCUUAAAGGGAAGUACAAGGGGGAGAUAUUAACCGCUGUUGGUAGGGAUCCCAAUGAACAGAUGUUACCUAUAGCUUAUGCAAUAGUGGAGGUUGAAAAUAAAGAAACUUGGACGUGGUUUUUGGACUUGUUGAUUGAAGAUCUUGGAGGGUCAGAAGUUUGUAAUUCAUGCACCUUUAUGUCUGACCAACAGAAGGGUUUAAAAGAAACAAUGGCUGAACUUUUACCUGGGGCUGAGCACAGAUUUUGCAUGAGACACCUAUAUGCAAAUUUCAGGAAAAAGUUUAGAGGGCAAACAUUGAAGAAUCUGAUGUGGAAGCCUGCUACUAGUUACUACCCCGAAGCUUGGGAAAGAGAAAUGUUAAAAAUCAAAUAUGUGAAUGUAGAGGCUUACAAACACCUCAUUGUUCUUCCCCCAAGGUAUUGGUCUAGGUCUAGAUUUACAGGUCGAGUUGUAUGUGAUACAUUAGUAAAUAACAUGAGUGAAGCUUUUAAUACUAUUAUUGUUGAUGCUCGAGGAAAGCCCAUUAUAACCAUGCUAGAGGAAAUUAGAGUUUACAUCAUGAAAAAAUGGGCAACGAACAGAAUCAAGAUGGCAAAUAUGGACUUUCAGAUUUGCCCCAAGAUUAAAAAGAGGCUUGCAAAAGAAUCAAGAUUAUGUAAGAAUUGGAUCCCUAGCUGGUGUGGAGAGAAAUUGUUUGAAGUAAGGCAUUUUGCAAUGGUUACAAACAAGUUUGUUGUGAACCUGGACACUCAAGACUGUACCUGCAGGAAAUGGGUCGUUAGUGGCAUCCCUUGCUGCCAUGCAAUUGCAGCAAUGACAUUCUUAAAUCUAAAUCCAGAAGACUUUGUCCCCAUUUGGUUCAGAAGGUCAACGUAUGAUGAAACCUAUGCGUCUAUCAUAUUUCCAGUGAAUGGGCACCUUCUUUGGGAAAGAACAUCCUACCCAGACGUCCUCCCACCAUUCAGAAGAAAGUUACCUGGCAGACCCAAGAAAAAGAGAAGGUUGAAGAGUUGGGAACUAAGAAGGGAUGAAACGCAGAUGAGCAAAGGUGGCCACCGGAAAAAAUGCAGCAUAUGUCGUAUUGUUGGCCACAACAGAAAUCAAUGCCCCUUACGUCCACAACCUUCUGAAGAACCAAGUCAAGAAAGGUCUAAACCAUGUGAUGAACCACCCCAACCAACACAGGAAUCCACAGAACCAACUGAGCCAGUCAGAAGGGACAAGUUACCAAUCAAAAGGAGACCAAAUUAG